AGUCACGCACACAAGAACGUCAUAAAGCAAAACACGAACCUUCCCACAACCGAGAGACGGAAAAACAGAACAGAACAAUUGUAACAACCAUAGAACAUCAGGACAUAUGGCCUCAGCAGCCGGUCCAUAAAUCACUAGGGGUAGUGGUAAUAAGCCUCAACCACGGAGUAACUAAGGAAAGCCUAAGUUUGGAUUCCUAUGUGGUACCGUGGUAAUACCUCGACAAAAAGAAGAAGAAGAAGUAUCUACACGUAGCAGCAGCAGCAACAAAGCCGCCGAACAAUUACUUAAAGAAACAUGAUAGAAAUUAAUGCAAAAUUGCUACGAGAUCAAAGUGCGGUGUUCAUGUGUGGUGAGGUCGUUGAGUGUUUAAUCGAUUUCAUCCAUCCAUCUCUGCCGGAGCACAAGAUUUCCCAGAGCAAUAGCGAUAUUUUGGAAAAUCUCGCGUGGGCAACGGUACAACUGCACUGCUACUGCAACGCUUCUUUCAAUGAGAAAUCAACAAACAAUGAGGCCGUGUCGAACCGGAACGUUGGUGGCAGUACUUCGUUGAACGCGAGCAAUCAACUCAAGGGUGAGGUGCUACACUCAACCGAACCGAAGAUUCUGUUCUGCGACCUUAGACUUUCCCCCGGCGAAGCAAAACAAUUUCUUUACCGUGAAACAGUUCCACUUAGUACGCCACCGACGUACCGUGGGAUUCGGGUGAAGUAUUAUUACAAAAUAACGGUGGCCACCCAGCGGCUAGGAUCUACCGUGCAAGCGCUUAACAUUCCGAUUCGUGUGCUCCCGCUACCGCUGCCCCAGAGUGAUCUAGACGAAGCGAUCACACUAAACGACGAAUCGAACGAAGACUUGGCACCGAACAAUCCGUUUCUGGAGAAAAAACGGCCACCUUCCCGCAUCGAGUAUGCGCUACACUAUUUACGGGGUGUGACCGCACGCCGCCGGCCCAACUUCUUUAUGAUCAACAACAAAUGGGGCAAAGUGGGUCGGUUCUGUCUGUUCAAGUCGGCGUACAAGUUGGGCGAGGACAUUGUGGCAACGAUCGACUUCAGCUGCGGAACGGUCAAAUGUGUCCAGCUGUCGGUAACGUUACAGUGUGAAGAAACUGAGCUGAACAGCGCACCGAUCACGCCUACGUGUGCAAAGACUGAGCUGGCCGGUUCCGAUGCUUCUGCUGCGGCUGACAACUCCACCGAAGCGGCCAACGAACCGGCGGAGCGAAGCAAGAACAUUUCCCGUGUUACGAACUACAGCAAACACCACGAAGUUUGUCUGGGGAUGCUGCAAACGCAAGUGAUCCUACCCAUUCCGCUGCACGUAACACCCACCUUCCGCACGGACCUGGUGGAGGUCAGUUGGCGAUUGCACUUUCAGUUUGUGACGAGCACGAACCAGGAGUUGAGCAGCGAAAUGCUACUCGAUCGAAGCACCGAAAACGAGGAGGAAUUGGAAUGGGUCGCACCGACGGACAUUGCGAUCGAGACCAUGAUUUGGAGUCUGCCGAUUACGAUCUACCCCACGGCACCGUUGCAAAUACCACAGCCCUGUGGCGAAUACAAGCUUAAUAUAAAAUAAAGCAGCAAUACUACGUUA